UUUAGGUUGUAACUCCACGCCAUUACAACAAUUCCAUCAACAAAGAGAAAGUCGUGAACAGCCAAUAGGGUCGAGGGGUUGAAAACGAGCCAAUCACGAUGGAAUCCACUCGCACCCAAAUUCUUCAUAGGGAUGGUGCUCUGGCUCAAGCCUGGAAGAAAACCGUGGAGCGGACCAUAGUGACAGACCACGUCAGAAUAACGUCUGUAUUUCUCGUUGGGAUAUCUCUCUCUGUUCCGCGGUACAUUGAGCAACAAUUAAACAGAUUGUCAGCGGUGUCUGUCAGUGCUGUUUUACAGACAAGUUCAUCAGUUCAGAGCGCACUGACUAGAGACAAACUGCAACAAGGAGUAGAUGUUGGAAGGAACUUUGAAUCUUUUCUGGAGUUGCCUGCCUGCAUUGAAACUGUAUUGACUGUAGUGAACUAACCGCCGCGUGAGCCAGAACCUUGGAGAUAGGACGGUAGGCACGAGGCACCGGGAGACAGGCAACAGACAUGAUGACGGAUAUCACCGGUGCAGAUUUUGAGAUCGACGUGGAGAGUCUGGAGACCGAAAGUGACGACCAGGACCAGCCGGACUACAGCUCCUCUCUGUCCUGCGCAGGAGACAACGAGCCGCGGGCCAAGGUAGAUGACAAUCCGGGCACCGCCAGCCAGGGGUCCGGUGAACAGCGGAAGCUAAGCCGGACUCCGAAGUGUGCCCGCUGCAGAAACCACGGAGUGGUGUCUUGUCUGAAGGGGCAUAAGCGGUUCUGCCGCUGGAGGGACUGCCAGUGUGCCAACUGUCUUCUGGUGGUGGAGAGACAGCGGGUCAUGGCGGCUCAGGUGGCACUACGGAGACAACAAGCUACAGAGGAUAAAAAGGGAAUUUGUGGGAAGCAGAUUCCAGCAGAGAGAAGAGCUAUUUACCAGAGACACAUCAGACCAUCAACGAUGCUGGCUAAGAGCAUUCUGGAAGGAUACCGUCCGGUGCAGGGUGACCCGUACCUGGGGGCCAGCCCGUCCCUCCCGCCCCCCCUCAGCGACAGGAUGAGGAAGAGGAGAGCGUUUGCUGACAAAGAGCUGGAGAGGAUCAUGCUGGAGAGAGAGUACAAGGAGAGAGAGCUGCUAGGACCCUCCCAGGCUGCUACAGCCUCUCUGCUCUUCCCCAACAGUCUGGUCCGGCAUGCUGCAGAGUACAAGUCCUAUAAGACAGCCCAGGAGGAGCCUCAGCACAACAACAAGGAACUCUGUCGCUUCCUGUCACCCAGCUGUGUGGACCUCUCCCUGAAAUAUGCCACCAGCCCCAGCAACAUGGAGCUCAUCUCCUCCAAUGUCUCCGUGGCGACCACCUACCGCCAGUACCCUCUGACCUCACAGCUGACCUCUCAGCGAGGGUUCAUGGUGUGGCCACGUGGCCCCUCCCUCCUGUACCAGCAGUGCCUGCGCAAUGCCACGGCCAUCCAGAACAUGAAGCCAGGUGCAGUCUGGGAUCCCAGGACGAUGGCCACUGCCGCAGAAAGCCUCCCACCCGACCACGAUGCCACGGCAACCACUGCCGUCACUGCCGCCAAGCUCGAGGGGUCGAGGGUCGCUGUGGGCCUCCCCGAGGGAUUUGACCCCCAGCAGCAGGACGGCCACGUCCAGUCCCAGGCCCCUCUCACCCAGGGGGGGCACCGCAAACGAUCAGCCUUCUCUCCCCCGAAGAGAGGCUUCGGACAGGCCUUCCCUCCAAGUACAUCUCACCCCCAGCCUCACCCUCACCACCCCAGCCACGAACAUGUCCUGAACAAGCUGAGCAAGGACAGCGCCAAACACACGCUAUCCAUGAAGCUCAACUCUUUUCACUCACUCAUCCAGCAGACACUGAGUGAGAAGGCUAGGGCCGGGACUGGAGAGAGAGAGAGGGCUGGGGUAGAGGUAGGAGCUGGGGCUGGGGAGAGAGCUGGGACCGGGGUCGAGCUCCGGGGCCCCUACUGUAACGAACUGCUGGAGGAUGCAGCCAAAAAGUACCGUGAAGGACCUUCUAAGGACUUCUACAGUUUCAAAGGCUCUAAUAGAUACAGCAAGGAGUUCCUGUCUAAGUCAGCCGGGACGAAGGUCGUGUCCAGCCAGUCUCUAUCCUUCUCUGUGGAGGCCAUUUUGAAUAGGCCAUCACCGGCUAUGAACAGAGCAUCACACUAACUGUAUGAACAGAGCUUCACAGUAAUAACAGUCAUGUUUACCAGGAACGGACUGGGACCAAAAAUCAACUCUCUAUUUUGUUUUUCCUUGAGACCUCCAUUAUCGGCUAAAUAAUGAUGAUUCUGCACAAACCCCUCAGUUAAGUCUGGUCCACUGGCUUGAAAUGGACCAAACCAUUCUGACAUUGGACCAACUGCCCUAUGACAUAUCCGUUUCUGUCUCCUCUGAACUAUGUAGUGCUCUCUCAGACCAUCUACUGUCCAAGGAUUUGAUCUGGCAAUUGUUUUAACUGGACUUCCAUUGCACAGACACACACAGACACACACACACACACACACACACACACACACACACACACACACACACACACACACACACACACACACACACACACACACACACACACACACACACACACACACACACACACACAGACACUCCAUUAGAUGCAGAAGUCUGUCACUGUACUUGUUGCUGUAGUUGGUCUAUUUUGUUAUUCUUUUUAAAUGAGCACUGCCUCUCAGUACCGAUAUACUUCAAGCAGUAAUGUAAAUGUUUAUAUGCAUAUUAUAUUUUAAAUGAGCAUGUUGUAAAUCUCUUUAUGGUGUAGAUUAUUUAAAUGUAUCACUAAUGUGUCAAUAAACUUUAUAAAUGAUC